AUGUUUGCUCUUAGAAACAGGUUUAGAAAAAGUACACCGCAGCAAUUAUAUAAUAUACAUAUACGUGCCAAAAAAACUUAUUUAGAUGAUUACAAUGUUCCUAAUGGCUUUGAUCGUAGCAAUAAUAAUUUGAAUUAUAUAAACUCGCAAGAUAGCAGCAGUUUAAACUAUAAUAACCAACAGCUUAACAUUAAUAGUAAAGCUUACGACUUAUAUUAUAACAAUAAUAGUUCAGAUAUAAAUCCAGAAGCUGACGACUUAUAUUAUAAUGAUAAUAGUUCAGAUAUAAAUCCAGAAUUUGACGACUUAUGUUAUAAUGAUAAUAGUUCAGAUACAAAUCAAGAAUUUGAUGACUUAUGUUAUAAUGAUAGUGAUUCAGGAAAUAUAUACAGUAGAGAUGAAUUUUAUACUGAUAUUGAUAGUAGCUUAGAUAAUAAGUGUGACUCAACCUCAACCUCAACUAAUGUGAAUAAUUCACCAAAAAUAUUCGAUGGAACAAGAUUCAACUUAA